AUGCUUUGUACAUCUCUACCGUUUUGGCCUCAUCCUACGGGAAAAGUAGAAAUAUCCACUACUGCCGUGGCUGUCUGCGCAGAUCAAUUCAGUCUACAAAUAUUAUCAUAUCCAUCGAUUACUAUCCGAGAUCAUGUUAACGAAGCUUUUAUACUUUUUCAAUCAGAUUUACUUAAAAUGAACAACAAUAUAUGUGCGUUAACAAUACAGCGUAGAGUCAUAGUUCAAAUAGCCAUAAAUGAGAGUGGCAGCACUGAUCCAAGGAUGCUUUUAGACACCGAUGAAAGUUAUAAAUUGCGACUAAAAACAGACAAUGAUACUAUACUCGUAAAUAUUUUAUCAAAUACUUUCAGCGGCUCACGACAUGCUUUGGAAACGUUACUGCAAAUGACUUGGCUAGAUCCAUAUACAAAUUAUUUGUUCAUCGUACAAGAAGCUUCUGUGGAUGACGCCCCACGCUUUAGGUACCGAGGAUUAAUGCUCGACACUACGCAAAGCUACUUUCCAACCGAACAAAUACUACACACUAUUGAUGCUAUGGCAGCGUCAAAGCUUAAUACGUUUCAUUGGCAUACAACCAGUUCGAAAGCAUUUUCCUUGCAACUAAAUAAUAUGCCGCGGCUGGAUAAAUUAGAAUCUUAUGGACCUCGUAUAAUGUACACGGAAGAUGACGUGCGUAAAGUUACGAAACAUGCACGAUUACGUGGUAUAAGAAUACUUUUAGAGGUAGAUUUGCUAGCAUAUAUAGGAAGCUCUUGGUUCUGGAAACAGAAUACAAGUGAUGAUGAGUCAUUAUCAUGUAUAGAAAUACAGAAUUUGGUAGCAAGAUGCAGUAAGCGUUCCUGUGGACUAAUUAAUCAACUUAAUUCAAAUCUUUAUAAUACUAUUCAACGUCUUUACGCUGAAAUCAUAAAUAUUACAGGGGUUGAAGAUAUUUUUCAUCUUGGCGGCGUAGAUAUUUCUAUGUAUUGUUGGGCAGAAAACAUAGAUCAAACAGAAUUGUUCAAUAUUUGGACAAAGCUUAUUCUAAACACCUUACAAAAGUUAGAAUCCGAUUAUGGACAGUUACCUUUAUUUGUAUUGUGGUCAAAACAUUUGUUAGAACGUUUUAAAAUGGAUUUAAAAGCCUACAUUCAUAAAUUUGCGUUCCAAUCACGUAACAGUGGAUGGACACAGAACAAUUUCUAUGGAUUGUGUACUAUUAUUUCAAAUGAAAAUAUUUGGGAUCUGAAUAGUGGUUUUGGGAAUUGGGACGAAGAAUAUGGAGGUGGGCCUUAUAACUCUUGGCAACGAAUAUACGAAUAUCGACCAUGGGCUGGGAGGAAUCUAGGAUGUGUGGAAGGUGGAGAAGUGACAGUAUGGUCAUCAACACUUAAUGCAGAUGGAUUGGAUGCGCGUAUUUGGCCGAGGGCCGCAGCUUUUGCUGAGAGGCUCUGGUCUGAUCGCAGUGAAGAUGGAACAAGAUCAGUGUUCAUUAGGUUGGAUUUUCAUAGAAGACGUCUUAUGAAUCGAGGUAUUAACCCCACUCCCGUGUGGCCCAUGUGGUGUACUUACAAUAAAUUUUAUUGU